UUCGUGAAUUUGAUUAGUAUAUGCUCUUAGAUCCAGCCAAGGUUAAGAUUAUUCACUAAUCAGAUUUACAAAUUUUAUAAAAGUUGCAAAAUAGCUUUUUCUGCUGAACGCAGCCAAUAUAAUUUAAAAAGUAUACGAUAAGAAUAUGACAGUUCUUCACUUCCAUCCUCAAAAUGGAAAUAAAGGACUUUGAUUGAUUGAUUUGUUUAUGCAUUAUGCGUUAUGAAAAGUCUGUACUCAGGCCUUAAUUUUGUAAAAAUGCAUGACGUAGUUAUAUAUUGAAUAUUGUGUAUUUAGAAAAAAAAACAUGAACUCGUUUAUAGCCGCAUUAAAAUUCAUGAGCGUUCCAACGCUGUCCAAAGUUCACUAGGAGAAAGUUCGUAUCAAACGUUAUCGAAUACCUCAGAUUAUGAUAAAAGUUAUAUUUCAGUAGUUGAGUUUUGGUGUACUCGUUUAACAUAUAGACCCUUUCACUAGAAGAACUGCAAGCGAAUUUCUCCAUAUGGAUACUGAUCUACUUUGAUUGUGGGGUCCAUUCAUCAUCACAGGUAAUUUAUCCCAGUCGUGCACUAAUCAGUAAUGCAAUGGGAUUAGCCACCAGUUAUUUAGAAAAACCAGCAAUGUACAAAGUAGCUUCUAAUAUACCAAAAUAUGCAGUCUAUAAUGGGCUACUUAAGGUACCACCAAUUCUACAUGGAUCAUCUAUAACAACAUUAAACUUAAAUAAACAACCAUUGCCCAAGCAACCUGUACCAGAUCUCAAACAAACUGCAGAGCGUUAUUUGAGAUCUUUAAAGCCAUUAUUGACUGGUACAGAAUAUAAAAAUACAGAAAAAAUUGUAUAUAAAUUUAUAAGUGACUCUGGUGUAGGACCACAGUUGCAAGCUAAGUUACUACAAAGAUAUCAAAAUACUGAUAACUGGAUGCGAGAAUGGUGGUUAGAAGCUGCAUAUCUAGGGUACCGUGCUCCAGCAAUUGUGAAUUCUAGUCCUGGUACUGUUGGACCACCAAUUAUCUUCAAAAAACCAGAUGAUGUAUAUAUAUUUGCAGCACGUCUUAUUGCUGGAGUGUGUGAUUACAAUCAGAUUGUUAAAAGUGGAAAAAUGAAGCAAGAAAUGCUUCGCAAUGAUCCACUUGACAUGCAGCCUUAUGGUAUGAUACUUGGUACACAUAGACAACCUCACAAAAUGGUUGACAAGCUAUUGCAUACAGAUGAGGCUAAGCAUAUAAUAGUCAUGAGCAAUAAUCAUUUCUUUAAACUCUGUGUUAUCGAUAAAGACGAUAACAUUUUAAGUGAGAGUAAACUUGUAGCUGCUAUAAAAGACAUCGCGAGUCGUUCAUAUGUGGAAGGAAAGCCUGUAGGAAUUUUAACUGGCAAUGAUAGAGAUACUUGGACGAUAGAUAGUACCUUACUCUUAGAAUUAGGUAAUAAUAGAAAUAUAAUCAAGAAUAUAGAGACAUCUAUGUUUAUAUUGUGUCUGGACAAAGAUAUACCUAAAGAAGCAUUUAAAGAAAAGAAUAAUGCUUCUGUUAGAGCAGUUCAGACUAUGACAGGCUUCAAUAGUCGCGUAAACGCGGGCAACAGGUGGCACGACAAGAUUGUGCAGUAUAUAGUAUCAGCGGACGGUUAUGUCGGCAUGGAAUACGAACAUAGUCCAUGCGAAGGUGUUCCAGUUGCUGUUCUUCAUGAUUAUAUAUUGAAAUAUAUAGCAACAAGGGAAAAUGAUGCAAAGAGCGAAUGUUCAAAGGACUUCCCUAGACCAGAACUUUUAAAAUUCGAAAUCAACGACGCUAUAGAACGUGCAAUUGAGAAAGCUACGAUUACAGUAGAUAAGCUCUCCGACGACAUAGACAUGGAAUGCUUUACCUUCGAUAAAUUCGGUGCGGAUGCCAUAAAAGCGAUCAAAUUCAGUCCUGAUAGUUUUAUACAGAUUGCGAUGCAAGUGACUUUCUUUAACUUGUACAAAAAACCGUUUGCUCAUUACGAAAGCGCGGGGUUACGAAGAUUCAUAAACGCCAGGACCGAAUGCAUUAGGUCCACCUCCACUGAAUCCAUCGAAUUCGCGAAGAUGAUAUUAUACGACGCUGGCAGCAAGACUAAAGCGCAAAAAAAGGAAAUGAUGAUCAAGGCUAUAAAUACUCAUAAAGAUUACGCUGGACAGGCUGCAACCGGCCAAGGUGUCGAUCGGCAUUUGUUCGGCUUGAAAAUGAUAGCGCAGAGCGAAGGUAUGGAGCUUCCGGAAUUGUAUAAAGAUGUUGGUUACACUAGAAGCACAUAUUUCAAUUUAACAUCAAGCCAGGUGCCCUAUAAGUCGGCGUCGUUUAUGUGCUACGGACCAGUCGUUCCCGACGGUUACGGUUGCUGCUACAAUCCACGAGCGAAGGAUAUAUUAUUCGCUUGUUCUUCGUUCAAAUCGUGCGCAGAGACCAAUACGAAAGACUUCGCUCACGUUUUAAAGCAGACACUGUGCGAUAUGCGAGACAUAGGAAGCGAAUAAUAUCGAUACUAGAUAUUAUCGAGAAAUUCAGAGUUUUUCGUCACGAUUGGAAGUCUUUUAUCAAUAUAGAUUUAAAUUAUUUUUUAUACGCUAUUAUCUGUGCAAAGAUAAGCAGAAUGGAGUAAUUUGAGCCGAACUGGUUUUAUACAUUUUUUAUUAUAAAACGAAGAUUACGUAUUAGACAUUAAAAGUAAUUAGCGAAAUACCGCUCUGAUGAACUACUCAGCUUAUUUUGUAUGGGGAAUACAUUUUUAAAUAAUUAUUGUAUAUGCAUUAUAGAUAUAUGUUAAAUUACUAACUUAGUUGAAUAUACAUGUAAAAAAAUCA